GAGAACAAACCAAAGAUAAACUCAAAACCAAAAGGGGAAAGAAACAAAAGUUUCAUUUCUGUGUAAGCUUCUUCUUCUAGAUCGAUCGAACCAUGGAAGCUUCAGCUUUAAGCUCUGCAGCAACAAUCAUCUCGUCCUCAUCUUCACCAAUCUCAAUCUUCUCUCCAAAGAAGAGAACAGACUCAUCAUCUUCUCCCAGAAUCGUCCGUCUCUCCAAGAGUAUACAAAACUUAAUCUCCAUUUCUUCUUCCGAGAAAGAAGACAAAGAUUAUGAUCCUCCGCAACAAUCCGAAUCGAACUCAUCAAGCCUCGUUCCUCUUUUCCAAAAUCGAACACUCUCGAAUGAUGAAGCAAUGGGAUUGGUGUUGAGUGCAGCCUCGGUUAAAGGCUGGACAACCGGUUCAGGUAUGGAAGGACCGUCUCUACCGGCUAAACCCGAUACAGAGACGGUUUCGACGUUUCCAUGGUCACUGUUCACGAAAUCGCCUCGUAGGCGAAUGCGUGUUGCCUUCACUUGCAACGUCUGUGGUCAGAGAACUACAAGAGCUAUUAAUCCACAUGCUUACACUGACGGCACUGUCUUCGUGCAGUGCUGUGGUUGCAAUGUGUUCCAUAAGCUUGUGGAUAAUCUCAACUUGUUUCAUGAGGUUAAGUAUUAUGUUAGCAGCUCCAGCUUCAACUAUAGAGAUGCUAACUGGGAUGUUACCGGGUUGAAUCUUUUCGAUGAUGAUGGUAAUGAUCAUGAUGAUGAUGAUGAUGAUGAUGCUGGUGAUAGCAAAGACCACUUCCCUCUGUAAAACAGGUUAGGGACUAAGUUAUGAUUUAAUAAUAACCCCUCUGUACAAUCAUGUGAUUAUCUGGUGUUUAUAUAUCUGUAUAUAGCUACUUUCUCGUACCUUCUUAGCAUCAAUAACAUUUGGAAAUAAUAAAAAUUGGUCAUGUAUA